GUGUUUUAUUUUAGCGCUUGAUUGCUCAAGCAAAUUUACCUGGCCAGAUACUACGACUUUUUUAGUCAACCGGCAACAUCAGUCGGAAGUAUCUCAGUUUUUUAAUUGCAACUUUAAUCAUAUUUGAAUAUUCUCCAUGGAAAUAAUAAUUUUUUUUUAAUUUUAAUAUAAAAAAAAAACCAAAAUAUAUUUGACAAUGCUUUGCAAUAGAAAUAUCAUUAUUUUUUUAAUUUUUCUUGUGAUUAAUGUGAUUGAUUUUGCAUCGAGUAUCAUCAGCCCAACUUCAGCAGCAACAACAAAUUGUCCAAUUCUUGAUGGUGCUAGUCACUUGACACAAACGGAAUUACUUCAAGAAUUGACUAAUGAAUGUCGGUACGAUAAAUUGAUGAGGCCACCCGGUGAGAUCAAUGCAAGUGACCCGAUUCAUGUUGUCUGCAGGGCCAACAUAUACACAAUCAAAUCCAACAUGGCUAAAACACUGCAAUUUGAUGUACACAUGAUGCUCCAGUUUCGUUAUCGUGAUCCUAGAUUGAGGUAUGCAAAUAUUGCACCAGGUUUUACACAGAUUAUUGGAGGUCAAGCAGCAAAUGAUAUGAUCUGGACACCAACAGUUUUUGUUGCAAAUGAAAGAAGUUCAGCAAUUAUGGGAAAUUCAGUAAAAGAUUUACUUCUUUCUAUUGAUCCAACUGGUAUGGUCAUACUAAAUACAAGACUCGAGGCAACACUCAACUGUGGUAUGAGAUUAGAAAAAUUUCCUUUUGAUGUACAAGAAUGUCCACUUGUUUUUGAAAGCUGGACUCAUAAUGUACAUGAUAUGAAAUUAGACUGGGAUGAAUCACCAGUUGUUCUUGCAAAAGAGCUUCAUUUGACAGAAUAUCGACUUGUUGAAAAAUGGGUCAAUGAUACCGAGACAUCAUAUACAGCUGCGCAACAACACUAUGGUCAUUUUGCUGGUAAUUUUAGCUCGAUUAGUAUUACAUUUAAACUUGCAAGAGAAAUGGGAUUUUUUGUUAUGGAUUAUUAUAUACCCUCAAUACUUAUUGUCGUUAUAUCAUGGGUAUCAUUUUGGCUUCAUGCUGAUGCAAGUCCACCGAGAAUUGUUCUUGGUACAAAUACAAUUCUUGCAUUUAUGACAUUAGCAUCAAAAGUUGAAAAUUCAUUACCAAAAGUAUCAUAUAUUAAAGCAAGUGAAAUAUGGUUUUUAGGCUGUACAAUUUUUUUAUUUGCUGCAAUGGUUGAAUUUGCAUUUGUCAAUACAAUUUACAGAAGAAAAAAAAAUGUACCAUUAAAAAAAGUAAAUAGUAAGUAUAUUCUUAAAUCAACAUUAACACCAAGAUUAGCAAGAAAACAAUUUCAAAAAAAUACAACUGGUCUUGAAAGAUCACGUUCUUGGUCAUCAUUGGAUCAUGGAAAUCACAUUGAACAUGAUUACACAAGUCAAAAUUAUUUAACAGUUCACAGUUUUCCGAGUACAAUAAACAUACCAUCAGUUAGAAUUGAGGAUAACAAUGAAAAAGAAAAAGAUUGUUCUGGCUCUGUUGAAACACUUGAAAGUCCACCAAGAACACGUAAAUCAUUUGCUCGUCGCCCAACAUUAGCUAAACUAAGUAAUUUUACAACAAUGACACCACAACAAGUAGCACAAUGGAUUGAUAAACGCAGUAGAAUUGUAUUUCCACUUGCAUUUAUUAUAUUCAAUAUUGUCUACUGGUCAUUUAUUUAUAUAUAAAAAAAAAAUAUUAUUAAUUUAAAAUACACAAAUAGAAAGUGUAAGUAAAAUUGUCUGUAAAUUACAUUUUUUAUUUAAAAAAAUCAACAAUAAUAUAUUUUAUUUUAUUAUUAUUAUUUAUCGUGUCAUUUAAAUAGAACAAAUUUACAAUAAGCUUAGACCUUGACCCUACCAUGAUCAUUGACAUUGUCGUUGUAAAUCAUAACACCAAUUGGCUCUAGGAUCGUACAGAGACCUUCUAUUCAAGUUUAAACUAUACAAUAUCAUAUCAAUAGCUUUACAUGAUGGAUUGAGGACGUCAUAUUUACUAUUCAAAUUAUAAUUAUAUACUGUGU